UCUAGACUCCGGAGGUAAGCAACAGGCAAGUCGAAGCUGUCACUCACUCGGUUUAACCAGAACUGCACCAGAACGAACAAACAUACCCACGUACGAACGAAUAAACUGCACUACGCGCUUCCUUUCUUCCCGAUUGCAUAGAAUCCAGCUCUCAACAUGGCCAACGGGUACAGCAUCAUCGUCGGCCUCGUUAUCGUCGUUAUCGCCUCGGUGCUCGCAUACCUCUUCUCUCCCAAGGGCGAGACUCAAACCAUCUGGAGGUCCUCGUUGAUCCUCGCGUUCGUGUCUUGUUACUUGAUGUGGGCUAUCACGCUGCUCGCACAACUACACCCGCUUAUCUCGCCGAAACGUUCGGAUUUGCGGCCUGAGAGCGUUCAUGCGGACAGGAUGAUGGGGUUCUAGAUCUGGCGGGUGGAGGGCGGUGGAGCGGUUGGGAUGAGAUACCUUUAGUGGCGACCGGACUGGAAUCGAAGGGAUGACCAUGGCACUGUGGCACUGGCAUUGAUCGUUGAUGUAUACUAAACCUGUUACUUUUGUUUUCAUGUCUGCUUGGUUCAUUUGUGAGCGCUUGUUUAUCGUGUAUGUAAAUCAUUGCAUAUGUAUUCCGCACUUCGCACC